AUGAUCGACCCGAGUGUGCGACUGCGCAACGCCAUCGUCGACGGCCAGCCCGCGAUUGUCGCGCGCCUGCUCAACCGGUACCCGGAGCUGCUCGACAACAUCGACCCGGCCAACGGGUGGUCGAACCUCCACUACGCCGCGUACCACGACCGGCUCGAGAUCUGCGGGCUGCUGCUGCGCCGGAUCGCGGACCGCGCGCGCGGGCCCACCGCGGGCGUGUACAAGGCCGCGCGGCACACGCCGCCGCCGCGCUCGUACGCCCAGAUCACCAGCGAGGACGAGAUAAAGCUCACGUUCCAGCACGACACCGUGAUCCACACCGCCUGCUCCAACAACGCCCACCGCAGCCUCGAGCUGCUGCUGGAGUACUUCAGCGUGUGCGUCGACCAGCGCGGCCACCACGGCUACACCGCGUCGCACGUGUGCUGCGUGGCGAACUUCCCGCUCUGUCUGAGCGUGCUGCUGGAGAACGGCGCAUACCCCAACAUCCAGGACGACGACGGCAACAGCCCGCUGCACCUGGCGCUGCAGUACGGCGCGCUCGACUGCGUCGACCUGCUUGUCGCGUACAAGGCGGACGGCCAGCUCGUGAACGACGCGGGCUGGAAACCGGAGGACCUGGCGUACGACUUUGAGGUGCAGUCCCGGUACAGGGCCAUGCAGACGCACCCGCCCGCGGUUGCGCACUUGCCCGCGCUCGCGAGCCAGCCCAGCGGCGCGCCGGGCCCGCUCAGCGCCAAGGUCUCGCUGCCGUCGAUCCAGCACCGCAAGUUCUCGCUCUCGUCGCACACGUCGUCCGACAGCGACACGGACGAGCCGUACGCGGGCGACAGCAACUCUGUGUCGACGUCGUCGUCGCUCAGAAUCACCAGAGACCCGUCGCCCGUGUGCGGCGCGGUCCAGGGGGCGUCGAGCUCGAACAGCCUCGCGAGCGUGCACGAGCACGGCGCAGGACUCGCGCGCAAGGCGCCGCCGGUGCUGGGCGGGGCGAGCGGGUCGUCGACGCCGCCGCGGAAACUCUCCAACCCGCCGCCCGCGUCGGGCACGUCGUCGCUCAGCACGCAGUCGCCCGGCUCGAAACGCUCCUCGAUGAGCAUGCGCAACUUCCGGUCGAACUCGCAGACGUCGGAGUCGUCGCCGAUGAAGCUGCAGGGCCGGCUGUUCUCGCGCCCGCACGCGCAGAGCGCGCCCGUGGUGCCCGAGAACCAGCGCGUGCCGACGCCAACGUCGAUCGACGCGGACGACGCCGCGUCGAAACUGAGCAGUUUCCGGCUCCAGAACGAGAACCGUCUCAAGCUCGGGAUGAAGCUCGACAGCAUGAUGCGCUCGCAGGAGAGCUUGGCGGAGGAGGCCGCGAGCGAGCCCGCCGUCCCGCGCGUGAUGCGCUCGAAAACAGAGCCCGCCGCAGACCACGCCCAGAAACGGUCGCGCAUCCUGUCGAUCCCGAUCGCAAGUUUACGUUCGAGAAAAAAUUAG